AUGGUUUUCCUCCGACGGACGCUGCUGCUUCGUUACCUGCUGCUGUCGGCCAUGUUGGCUCUGCUCUUCUUCGUCAGCUCCUUCUGGCUACCUCAAGGUGGAGUCCAAGACUGCGGCACCGCAGGGCAGCCAUGUUUGAGUUUUCACCGCCAAAAGCCUGAGCCUCUGUUGGUUCCUGAGCAGUGGGCGGAGCCAGACGAAGCUCCGCCCCUCAUAAAGGAGUGUCCCGGCCAGUCAUUUCAGGCCUGGCGUCUGCUGCUGUACCUGAAGUCCUGCCUGUCAAACGAAGACGAAGACGACAUCCUGUUGGAGUCGUACCUGCUGAGCUGGGAUCAGCUGCUCAAUUUUAUGGAGGCUCUCGGGCCGAUGGUCAGUUUCUUCUCUCAAAAAGUGCAAGAAAAGGUUGUGGUGAUUCGAGAGUUGUCGCUCAAACACCAAGCGGCGGCUCACGGGAAACCCGAUGACCGCUCUGGACGACAAACUCCAGCAGCCUUUGGACUGAGAGACGGGGCGUAUCGUUCGGUGCGAUCCAUGGUGAAGGCGGAGCUAAAAGCGGGCGCGGUCGACUUCACUCGCCGCACUGACUCCGGCUGCCGGACGCUGCUGCGGCUGCAUCGAUCCCUCCUCUGGCUGAAGCUGAUGCUGGAGGGUUUGGCCGACGGACCAGACGCCGACGGCCAAUACAAAACACCAGGAGAGCUGAGCAGGGAUGCCUACCAGGUGGCGCUGGCCCCCCACCACCCCUGGAUGCUUCGCCAGGCUGCCGAGUUCGUCUUCCUCGCCCUCCCCGACAGGAAGUACUUCCUGCAGCUCGUAUGUGUGCAGCACCAGCAGGAGGCGGCACCCGUCCUGCGGAUCAUCAUCCACGCUCUGACGCUGGUGCACACAAGAACUCAACGAAUCCUGGCCGAGCACGACAUGCUGGAGCUGCCCUGA